CUCCAAAUUCCAAAAGUGCCGAGUCACCGACGAAACGAACCGAGUACAAUGAGACUCGAUAUCGAACCGGGUUCAGAUACCGGUCCAACCAACUCUCAACUACCACCUGAUUAAAAGACUUCACCGAUCCAAUUUCUCGUCUGAAUAAAAAAAAUGAAAUCAAGAAACCAGUGAGCUUUUUUUGCUAAGAAAAAAUGGAGUCAAAUUGGAGAAAGGUAUUAUUAAUGGUAUCUUACUUGACUGUUGUAAUUACCAAUUUGUCCCUACAAGGUGUAAGAGGUUGGACUGGAGAAAUUCAUGGAAGAGUUGUUUGUGAUGUUUGUGCUGAUUCUUCUAUUGGUCCUGAAGACCAUAUUCUAGAAGGUGCAGAGGUUGCUGUUCUUUGCAUUACGAAGGCCGGGGAAGUUCUGAAUUAUCAGGCAUUCACAGACUCCAAGGGGAUAUAUAGAGUGGCUGAGACAAUGCCAGAGAGCGAUCGUUGGGAUGCAUGCCUAGCAAGACCUAUCAGCAGCUUCCACGAGCACUGCACACGUCUGGGAGAUAGCAAUUCGGGGGUGAAGUUCAGCUACAAUCAUCCUUCAGGAUAUUCACACACAGUCAGACCAUUUGUAUAUCGUCCCACGAACGUUCCAACAUAUUGCAUCUAAUAAAUAUAUAAUGUAUCAUAUGCUACAGGCUAUCUAAGCUUGUUACUGUUAUUGUAUCCUGGUUGCCUUUAUUUUAUUGAAAAUCCACUAGCAAUCUGGAUAUAUCUGGUAA